AUGCAAGAUUCUCAAAGCUCCGGGACGCUUUUCUUCCUCAACUUCACCGCAGAGCAUUUCCAAGAAGGAGGUCUGCCUCAAGUCUUGGAGGAUGAGAUCACGGAACUCGAGCAGCGCCCCGUGGACGACUUGACGGGAGAAGCCCUCGAUGACGGUCAACUCUAUGGACUUGCCGACGUCCCAUCCCCUCUAUCUCUGAUACUAGCGCACUCACCGUACCACGGCAUCAACAAGACUUUACUCGAGUAUUAUAUUCACGUCCUGUCGCCACAGUGCUCUCUCAGCGAGACCAACAAUCCCUACAUCAAUGUCCUCCUUCCGGUAGCGUACGAAUUCGACCCGCUGCGGAGCGCAUUACUCGCGGCUGCGGCGAACCACCUACGGCUACAUGACGAUCUACGAUUUGAACGACAUGCAUUGGAGUUGAAGACGGCGGCGAUCAAGGGUCUACGCAACCAUCUUCGCACAAAUGCUAUGGAUUGGCAGAGUCUUGCCACCACUCUUAUGUUUUGCUUCUACGAUAUUUCUGAUGGUUGUGCACCAUCGUGGAUUACCCAUUUGAGAAUGGGCCUGCAAAUGCUGACAUACCUCACGACGCGGACGCCUGUCGACGAUAGUCUCAAAGCGUUUUGUGAGAUUUAUUUCGUGGCACACGAAGUCAUGGGUGGGACGGCAUGGUACGGGGGAUCCAACCCGGAUAGUUAUGGUUUUGCUCUCGCCCACUCAGAAGAGAUUGAUCCUUUAAUGGGCUGUUCGCGUGAACUGAUAUCUAUUGUCGGUCAAAUCUCGACUCUGGCCCGCAGAGCCCAUACAACUGAGUCGAUCGUGGAAACAAAUGAUUUUCUGAACGCCCGGAACGACCUAAGGACUAAACUCCGGCGUCUACAGCAGCGCGCGCCGAGUUCGUGUAAGGACCAGCCUCUCCUCAUGCAGAUCGCAGAGGUGAAACGCCUUGCUGCGAUGCUCUACUUGGAAGAGCGGGUACCUCGUCUCACCGCGGACGCCUCGGUGCUGAGUAGCGUCCCUUCACCAAAGAGUCUCGGCAAAAAACGACUAGUUGACUGUAUAGUAUCGUCUCUGCGUCUGCUUCCCGAGACAUGCGCAGCGUCACUGUGGCCCUUGUUCGUCUUGGGCAAUUCGAAACUCGAGUCCGAGGAACAACGCCAUUUUGUGCUCACGAGGCUUGGCCAACUAGAAGAUUCACGCAAACUGGGGAGCAUCUACCACGCCCGGCGGCUGGUCGAGAGGUACAUUGCCGCAAGUACAUUGCCUUCCGCGGGUAUGCGAUCCAAUCCUCUGGGAAACUUGCCACAAGGCAUGGCACUAUCCGAGAACGAGAGAUGGAUCAGCUUGGCAUAA